AUGCCCCAGCUGGUCUCCGUCAACCAAAGCGCCUUCAUCGCCGGGAGAUGCGUGCAUGACAACUUCCUGUUGGUUCAACAGACGGCACGGCAACUGCACAAUCUCAAACUACCUCGGUUACUCCUCAAGCUGGAUAUCGCGAAGGCAUUCGAUACUAUCUCAUGGCCCUUCCUCCUCGAGGUCCUCCGGCAUCUUGGGUUCGGGAGAAGGUGGUGUGAAUGGAUCUGCAUUCUUGUCUCCACUGCCUCCUCGCGCAUUCUCCUCAACGGGAACCCAGGCCCUCUGGUCGACCAUGCGCACGGCCUUCGGCAAGGCGACCCGGCCUCCCCGCUCCUCUUCGCGAUCGUCAUCGACACCCUUAACUCUCUGUUGCAGUACGCCGUGCGCUCCGGCCUGCUCCAGCGGCUCACGCCCCGCCAUGCGGCAUCCAGCAUCUCGAUGUUUGCCGACGAUGUGGUCAUUUUCUGCCAUCCAACGACCCAGGAUUUGACAGCCAUCCGCGAGCUGCUCCGUGUGUUUGGAGAAGCUUCGGGCCUCCGCACCAACUUCCUCAAGUGCUCCGCCACUCCCAUUCGGUGCGAUGAUACCGUGGCCGAGGCUGUGGGCUCUACCCUGGCCUGCGUGGUCACCACCUUCCCCAUCGUCUACCUUGGGCUCCCUCUCUCGCUCCGCAAGACACCCACCUCAACCCUCCUCCCCUUGCUGGACAAGCUCACCAAGAAGCUGGCUACCUGGAAAGCCGCGCUCCUCUCGCGCGCUGAGCGGCUCGCCCUCGUGCGGCAUGUCCUCUCGGUUAUGCCUGUUCAUAUCCUUUUCGCCAUGGCCAUCAACCCGACAAUCCUCAAAAGAGUCCAUGGGAUCAUUCGCGACUUCCUAUGGCAUGGGCGGAAGGAUGCCAACUCCAGCUGUUGCCUCGUCAACUGGAGGCGUGUUUGCCUCCCUCUCGAGUAUGGUGGGUUGGGUGUGCGUGAUCUGCACCUCACCGGCAUCUCCCUUCGCGCUAGAUGGCUUUGGUUUCAGGCCACAGAUCCCGACCGCCCCUGGCACCACCUGGAGGUGCCGUGCGACGCGGAGACCAGCCAUCUCCGAGUUCGCCCCCGAGCUGCUUGCUCUCGUCCGCGGCGUAGGCGCCGGGUCUCCGACGGCCUUACCCAGCAGGCUUGGAUUCGUGACAUCCAUGGCAGCCUGGGGCCUGUCGAGGUGGUCCAAUACAUUGAUCUCUGGCGCCGCUUGCAUGGAAUCCAGCUUUCUAGCACCCCGGACACCAUCAGCUGGAAAUGGUCGGCGAAUGGCAUCUACUCUGCCAACUCCUGCUACAAGGCGCUCUUCCUCGGCUCCACGUCCCCUUCCGCUUGGCGUCAGAUCUGGAAGGGGUGGGCUCCUCUUUCCUACAAGUUCUUCCUUUGGCUCGCAUCCCUUGAUCGGUGCUGGACUGCGGAGCGUCAUGCGCGUCACGGCCUUGCACACGAUCCGGAGUGCAUAUUUUGUUCCCAGGAGCUUGAGACUAUCGACCAUCUCCUAGUGGGGUGCGUCUUCUCGCGGAUCACUUGGCAUGAGAUUCUCUCUUGGUGUCAACUUGUUGCAACCCCCAUGCUUGGCUCGACCCCCUUCUUCGACGGGUGCUUGCAGGCCACGGCGGCUUCCCCAGGCGGCCUCAGACGUGGACUAAACUCCAUCAUCGCCCUCACGGCUUGGGAGAUCUGGAAACACAGGAAUGCGGCCAUCUUUGAUGGUGUCCGUCCUUCCACUGACGAGCUUGUGCAACUGAUCAAAGAUGAGGCUCGCCGUUGGGCUAAGGCCGGCGACAAAGGUCUAGAUAGGAUCAUCCCUGUAACUUGA